UAUAUAUUUAUUCUCUCUCUCUCUCUCUCUCUUUCUCUCUCUCUCUCUCUCUCUCAUCAUAUUUAUCCAUUUUACAGCUUUUUCCGACAACCGCCAUUUUCAUAUUCAAAGCUCCGUUCAGCGGGGAUUGUUUUUUCCAGAUAAAUACUUGUGAAACUGCUUUCUCAGGCUCCCUACUUUUCUCAAACUUCAGUACAAUGAUAGAAGCUGAUAGUGAAAUUAUAAAGCCUGAGAUUCUGAAGGCUUAUGUGUGGCUUCAAACUUCUGAUGAUUCAAUACAGCAAGUUGAGCAAGAAAUUGCCAUGUUUUGUCCAUUCAUAUGUCAUGAAAUACAUUCAGGCAUGGGAUCUUCUAAGAAUUAUCCUAUCUCCCUUCCUCCACGAGUCAAUCCUCCUAUGUUAAGCCUAAUUCUUGACUACUGCCGGUUUCAUCAAGUACCAGGGCGCUCUAACAAGGAGAGGAAGUCCUUUGAUGAAAAGUUCGUACGAUUGGGUACAAAAAGACUUUGUGAAUUGACAUCUGCUGCGGAUAGCCUGCAACUUAAGCCCCUUGUUGAUCUUACUAGUCGGUCACUUGCACGGGUGAUUGAAGGAAAAUCUCCAGAAGAGAUACGAGAGAUAUUUCAUCUGCCUGAUGAUCUUACAGAGGAAGAGAAGUUGGAGCCUAUAAAAAAUACCAUGGAUGAUCCGAGGAUUCGGCUUUUGAAUAGAUUAUAUGCUAGAAAGAGGAAAGAAUUAAAAGAAAGGGAGAAACUAAAGAAAAUUGAAGUCGAAGAGGAUCAAGCAGAUGACCGUUCGGUGGAUGAUCUCAUGUCAUUUAUUAAUGGAGACAAUGAAGAUUCCAAGGGGAGUGCAUCUUCUAAACACAAAAAAAAGAAUCGUAAAAGAAAAGAUAAUCACAAGACUGCUCCUUCAAACUGUAUCGGUACUUCUGUAAGAAACGGUGUCCAUAAAAAUAAGGAAACAGAUGAGGUUGUUUCUGACUGUAGCAAUCCAACAUGUCAUGACAGUCUUCUGCACAAUAUUUGUAAUGCCACAAAGUUGCUUGAUAUUGGUGAUGACAGAAUUGCACCUGUAGAAGACGAGUUUGAUUGUUGCGAUUUAGAUGAUGAUAUUGAUCCUGCCUUGAAGGAAGAAAUUGAUAGGGAAGUGGAAGACUUUGCCAGACGUUUAAACCCAGAUUGGCCUGAUAGAAUCCAAGAUAUUCUGUUUCUGAGUCAGAGAAGACCGUUGCAGUUGCCUAAUGGAAAUUGUUCUUUGAGGGUGUUCACGAGUAAGUCUUCCUUUUUUUCUUUUUUUUGUUGUAAAUAGAUUCUUGGGAUUUUUAUCAAUCCUACUAAUUCACUUCUCAGAAUUUGACAAUUUAGUAUGACCCUUAAUCUUCCAUUUGCUUUGAUUCAUAAUAACUGAUUCAACAUGCUGUACAAGAAUCAAACAUUGAUUAUUAACUCCUUUUAUUCGAUUUUGGUGCAAUGUCUUGUGAUUGGCUUUAGUGAAGAAUGUACAACUGUUAUCUUUAGUCCAUUUUUGUGUUGUAUCUUGACAAGUGAUAUAAUUUUAGGUAUAAUUUGUCCAAAGUUUUCGCACAAAAUAAUUACUUUGUUGCUCCCCCCCCACCCUCCCUGCGCAGGUGUAGAUCAGCGCCAGAAAUGAUCCCCGAUCAUGCAAAGCAAUGAACUUCAAAAUGUUUAUUGCCGAGAAGGAAAUGGUGAUUUUCGUGGGCGUGAGCUGGCUUGCACCAACACUCAAAAGUCGUCGUCAUUGGUAAAUUUUUUCGACAUUUAGAUAUUCAAUUUUGAUGAUCUGACAGCAAGGGAAGUAAUAUUAGUAUAGAUGAGAACACAAGCCAAACCAAUCUUGUAAUCUCCCUUUUCUGUUUAUUACACUUUGGAGGUGCCUAGGAAAGUAGGAAUAGUAGAUCAUGAAACUAGAAGAAUCUCGUCGUGGAUCGUCUCUUGUUCCUUUUUUUUCUUUCCUUUUUGGGAGAGAUGACACUGCUGGGAAAGUUGUUACAAACUUACAGCAGAUGGGGUUUGGGAAUUAGUUGGUAUUCGGCUCCGAGAGUGUACAAAUGACAAUAAUUAUACUUAUUUUGACUUGUCAA